AUGAUUGCAGGUGUGUGUGGCGGGGCGGGCGGGCCGCAGUUCGGCGGGCGGCAGCGCACGGCGGAGCGCGCGCGGGCCGGCGCCGCCGCCGCGCUGCGCUGCCGCGUGCUGCGCCUCGCGGAUCGAGCCGUAUCCUGGAUACGGUCUAGCGAUCUGCAGAUACUGACUCACGCCGGGACCGUGUUCACGGCGGAUUCUCGUGUCUCCGCCAUAACAGGCGAAGCAGCAGAUGACAGAACGGAUGAUGGUCCGGAUGAUGAAGGGGACGACAGUUGGGACGACGGCUGGGAUGAUGAAUCGGAUGAUGUACCAGAUGAUCAGCAAGCCGACUCGGACGUGAUAGUGGAGAAAGGUGUUGAGACGGUUCACACACUACGCAUAGAGCGGUUGCGCCCGUCUGACUCGGGCCGCUACGAGUGCCAAAUUAAUACGGAGCCCAAAAUGAGCCUGUUUUUUAAUUUGACUGUCGAAGACUCCGCUGCAGCUGCCGCGGAGGUGGAGGUGCGUGCGCUGGGCGGGCGGGUGGUGCGCGGGGUGGCGGGGCGCGCGGCCGCGCUGGCGUGCGAGGCGCGCUACGUGCCGCCCGCCCCGCCCGCGCCCACCGCGCUGCCGCCCAACCUGCCGCCUCUGCGUAUCCACUGGCGCCACGCUGGUCACACCGUAGAUACGCAGAGUGGUGAGGGCGGCGUGUCGCUGGAGUCGGAGCGGUGGGCGGGCGGCGCACGCUCGCGGCUCACGCUGGGCGCGCUGGCCCGGCGCCACGCGGGUCGCUGGCGCUGCGUGGUGGGCGCUCACUCCGCCACGCUCACGCUGCAAGUGCUGCCCGCCGCCGACAGCGACAUGGAGGCCAUGCAGCGGGACCAAGCGGUGGCUCGAGUGAGCAGUGACGCGAUCUCCUUGCCACUGCAGUCGCACCCGCUGCUCCCGCUGCUGUUGGGGAUGCUGCUGGCGCUACACUUGUGCGCGCCGACGUGA